AUGCGGUGGCGGCUGCCAGGCGCCCGGUCGACCCUCCCCGCCAGUGUCGCCCUCCUUCUCCUCCCGUCCCUGGUCGCUCCGCAGCAGCAUCCAGAUGACUCCCGAAUCUCGGUGCCCCUAGCACCAGAAUCCAUACACAGUGCGGCCCAUGUGGCUACACCACCCAUCGUGAAACCCAACGAUGCGAGCGCCCUUGCUACUCUGGCUCUGGCAGGCUCCGGCCGUGCCGUUCGAGCCCCUCCUGUCCAGGCCAGCAGCAAUGCUGACUUGGCUUCGCAGCUUCACGCGCGGUCCUUGCAGGACUGGGAGGUUGAGGAUUUUGUCCUGCUGGCGACCGUCGAUGGAACCAUUCACGCCCGUGAUCGCAAGACCGGCAAUUCCCGCUGGGCCCUCGAGGUGCCCAGUAGCCCUGUCGUGGAGAGCAUAUACCACCGUGCGAAUCGUUCCAGCUUUGAUCAUACCGAGCCUGAAGACGAUUUUCUGUGGAUCGUCGAGCCGAGCCAGGAUGGCAGCUUGUACAUAUACAGCCCUGGUCCGGAUUCAGGACUACAGAAACUUGGCUUGACAGUCAAGCAGCUGGUGGAUGAAACACCCUACUCGGGCAUUGACCCUGCGGUGACCUACACAGCCAGGAAAGAGACGACCCUGUACACCAUUGAUGCGCGGACGGGCAGCAUUUUACGGGUUUUUAGCUCUCGCGGCCCGAUCACCACGGGCCCAGAAUGCCGGAAGGUAGACGGCGAGGACUUGGACCCGGAGCAGUGCGAGACUACCUCUGGAACUUUGGUGCUCGGUCGGGUUGAGUACGCGGUCGCCAUUCAGAACACUGAGACAGGAGACCCAAUCUGCACAUUGAAAUACUCGGAAUGGGCACCUAACAAUCGCGACAUAGACCUCCAGAGUCAAUACUACCGAACGAUGGACCAAAGCCACAUUUACAGCAUGCACGACGGCGUUGUACUCGGAUUCGAUCACUCUCGCAUGGACCGACCUCGUUACACCCAGCGUUUCACAUCCCCCGUCGCCCGAGUCUUCGACGUCGUGCGCCCUACCCACAAGGAUGCACCAGAUGCUUCCACUCCGCUUGUUCUGCUGUCCCAGCCACUUCAGCCGCCCGAUCCAGAUUAUGGAUCCCUUGGCGACGAGCGCGAUAAACGUGUGUACAUUGACUGCACCGACGCCGGCGGGUGGUAUGCCUUCUCAGAGGAAACCUACCCACUCACAACAGGCCGGGCACCAAUGGCACAAUGCUACGAUAAGGAUUUCCUCCGUCGCGGACAAGCUUUGAUGAGCCUUACCCCAACCCAGCAGCGGAAUGCUCUUGCGGGUGUUCAUUCUCUCACUCGGCCUCGCAUCAUUCGACCACCCAUCGCCAGGAUUGGGGGAUCAUCGACUUCUGAGCUCUCCAACGACACACCUCGAGACCUCCUCCGCAGCCCCUCCGAACUUGCCCUUCCUCCCGCACUCCGAAACAGCGCCAUCAUUCGCAAGAGCUGGGACAACGCGUUGGACAUUGUUGUGACCUUAAUCCUACUCUUCAUCUGCACAUUCAUCUACUUCAACUCGCAUCACCUCCGCGACCUGGCCAAGCAGAAGCUUGACAUCAAGAACAUCAUCAACUCCAAUGACAAGCCAUCAUUGUCUGCUCCGUCUACUCCUGUUGUUGGUGGUGCUACAGGCAUCAAAGGUUCUUCCCCAGAUCAGCAAGUGCCAAAUGUCACAGUAGACAUUGAUCUGAACGAGUCGAUCCCAGAAGGCGAAUCAACUCCUCGCCCCUCUCGGGAGCAACUCUCAGCACCGAACUCUACACCUCGGGUCCAGAUUCGCGAGCCAUCCCGCGGUCCUGACGAUGAGGAGGGUGACGAACCUGGCAAACCCAAGAAGAAGCCUCGCGCUCGUGGAUCGCGAGGAGGAAAGUCCCACCGUCGUCGCAAGAAGCCUGGCAGCGAAGGUGACAGCCCCGAGGCCGAGCAGGUCGUUGAGCAGGUCACCAAUAUGGCCGCGCAGCCUCGACUUGAACCCGAUGUCCAGAUGACUCGGACCGUAUCGAACGAGAUACAGGAAUUGGACGGUGUCGUUCGUAUUGGUCGGCUUCAGGUGUUCACCAAUACCGUUCUGGGACAUGGAAGUCAUGGAACUGUUGUGUACCAGGGCUCCUUUGAUGGCAGAGACGUGGCAGUGAAGCGCAUGUUGAUGGAAUUCUAUGACAUUGCAUCCCACGAAGUUGGUCUAUUGCAGGAGAGUGAUGACCACCACAAUGUCAUUCGGUACUUCUGCCGAGAACAAGCCACUGGGUUCUUGUAUAUUGGCCUUGAGCUUUGCCCGGCCUCUUUGCAGGACGUCAUCGAGCGACCUCUGAACUACCCAGAGCUCAUCCAGAGUGGGUUGGAUCUGCCAGACGUGUUGCGUCAGAUCACGCAGGGUGUCCGCUACUUGCACUCUUUGAAAAUCGUGCACCGUGAUCUCAAGCCGCAGAACAUUUUGGUUGCCAUGCCCCGAGGUCGAUCAAUCUCUAAAUCUCUACGACUUCUCAUCUCUGAUUUUGGUUUGUGCAAAAAGUUGGACGACAACCAAAGCUCCUUCCGAGCCACCACUGCCCACGCCGCUGGCACUUCUGGCUGGCGAGCGCCUGAGCUCCUUGUCGACGAUGACAACGGCCCCCUAUCCCUGGCAUCUCAGCACACUGAAACCUCCGAGCCUGCCGUGGUUGAUCCACAGACGAACCGCCGAGCCACCCGAGCGAUCGACAUCUUCUCGCUGGGAUGUGUGUUCUACUACGUCUUGACCCAUGGCAGCCAUCCGUUCGACAAGAACGGCAAGUUCAUGCGCGAGGCCAACAUCGUCAAGGGCCAGUUUGAUCUCCAAGAACUCAACCGGCUCGGAGACUACGCCUUUGAAGCCAAGGACCUCAUCCGCUCCAUGCUCUCGCUCAAUCCCCGGCAACGGCCUGACGCCAGCGCUGUCUUGAUGCACCCAUUCUUCUGGGCCCCGUCUGACCGCCUGAACUUCCUCUGUGAUGUGUCCGAUCACUUCGAGUUCGAGUCCCGGGAUCCACCCUCUGAUGACCUCUUGUGUCUUGAAUCGGUGGCCCUGGACGUUAUGGGCCCGGAGAUGGACUUCUUACGUGUUCUACCGCGGGACUUCAAAGACAACCUCGGCAAACAGCGCAAGUAUACUGGUUCCCGCAUGUUGGAUCUGCUUCGUGCUCUUCGCAACAAGCGGAACCAUUACAACGAUAUGCCUGAGAAUCUCAAGAGUCAUAUUGGAGGCCUGCCUGAGGGCUACCUGAUCUUCUGGACCGUCAAGUUCCCUAGUUUAUUGAUGAGCUGUCAUGAGGUCAUCGUUGAGCUGGGCUUGACACGCAUUGAUCGGUUCCAGAGGUAUUUUGUUCCCCCAGAAUAG